GUCGUCCACACGUCUUCUGAACUACCCUGUCUCUUUUGUGGGUUUUAAUCCGCCUCUGUUUCUCUCAGGAAAUUGUGACUCAAUUUUGAGCAAAGUGUGGAGAAAAGCCUCUUUUGUUCCCGUAAACACAAGAGCCAGCUGAAGAGUAAAACAUGCUGCAGGUGACGCUGCUCAUCAGCCUGCUGUUGGUGCACCACACAACCUUAAGUCAUGAAGUCCAAAAGGGCUGCGGAGAAGACGCACAACUUAGGUGUUCAGAGAUCGAGGACCAUGGACCAGACAGGGAUUUUGUUGCAGUCACAUGGUACAAGGUUGAAAAAGACAAGUGGGGCAUUCUCAGGCUGAAAAAAGAUAAACCGCUGGAUAAUACAGAGAAGUACGACUUCCAUCGAGAAGCGAUGAUGGGAGAGAAAUACAGCUUGGUGUUGCCCAGAGUCACACCCAAUGAUUCAGGCAUUUAUGAGUGUGAGGUCAAUGCAAAAGUAGGAGGCCAAAUCAAGGGGAGCAGAGUUCAGCUAACUGUGCAUGAGUGUGUGCCUCCGACUGAGCCAACCCCACCAUGUUCAGUCAUGGACAUGCCCAUCGCAUGGAGCCUGGCCAGCUAUGGAGCAGUGGUCGUUGUCAAGAUUGUUCUGUCCCUGUUGAGCAUUUGGCCACAGGAUUCAAAGUGCUCCCUCGCAGGCUCCUCACAGCCAGACUCGACUUCAUUUUCUCCAAAAACAGAGCAGAAAACCACUCAGGGGAUGAAGAUAUCCGUUCUGUCUAAGAAGCUGUGGUGUGUCCACAAGCAGCUGCUUGUGUUGCUCACUCCACUCGUGUUCCUGCCUUUUCUGUUUACUCUGCCGGAAAAGGAGGGAAAGUGUCUCUACGUGGUGGUGUUGAUGGCCACGUUCUGGUGCACAGAGGCCCUGCCUCUGGCUGUCACGGCCAUGCUUCCUAUCUGCCUCUUCCCAACACUGGGAAUUCUUCCAGCCAAAAUGGUCUGCCCUCAGUAUUUCAUCGAAACCAACUUUCUUUUCCUCAGCGGACUUGUGAUGGCGUCGUCCAUCGAGGAGUGGGGGCUGCAUCGUCGGAUAGCCCUGAAGGUUCUGAGUAUUGUUGGAGUAAAACCAGCCUGGCUGAUCCUGGGAAUGAUGCUGACCUCAUCCUUCCUGUCCAUGUGGCUCAGCAACACGGCCACCACAGCCAUGAUGCUCCCCAUCGCCAAUGCCAUUCUGGAGAGCCUGUUUGGAGACCUUGAGAGCCUGAAGCAAAGGUGCAAAUCCCCCGAGGAUCGAGACAACACUGUGAUAAACGGCCAAUCAUCUACGAAGCUGCAUUCACUUCCAUCAGAGGUCUCAGAAAAACAAACUCUGUCCACAGAGGGGACGGAUGCAUCGGAGCUGCCGGAUGUGAGGACAACUGAGGAGAUCCGAUCGGAGUCGGAGUAUCAGCUGAAAGUGUGGAAAGGAUUCCUGAUCUGUAUUCCCUAUGCAGCCAGCAUCGGGGGGACGGCCACACUCACAGGAACCGCUCCAAACCUCAUCCUGAUUGGACAGCUAAAAAACUACUUCCCAGACUGUGAUCUCAUCAACUUUGGCUCCUGGUUUGCGUUUGCCUUCCCGCUCAUGCUCCUCUUCCUGUUUCUGGGAUGGCUUUGGAUUUCUUUUCUAUACGGGGGAUUGAAUGCAAGGUUGUGCUUUGCUAAACAUGACCAUAGGGCCCUGGCAGAAUCUAGAGCCAAAGCAUUGAUGGAGGACGAUUACAGAAAACUAGGACCAAUGAACUUUGCAGAAGGAGCCAUCUCUUUCUUUUUUGUUUUGUUUGCUGUUCUUCUGUUCACAAGAGAUCCUAAAUUUGUCACUGGCUGGUCGGUGUUCUUCAAAAAAGGGUACGUCUCAGAUGCCGUCACCGGUGUCAUCAUAGUGUCCAUCUUGUUCUUCUUCCCUUCACAGAAACCUUCUCUAAAGUGGUGGUUUGACCCAAAAGCCUCAAACACACCUUACGUUCCUCUGCUUUCGUGGAAAAAGGCCCAAGACUCCGUUCCUUGGAAUAUCAUUCUGCUUCUCGGAGGAGGCUUCGCCAUGGCAAAAGCCUGUGAGGAAUCUGGCCUUGCCUCGUGGAUCGGAGGCCACCUCCAGCCGUUGGCUGAAGUUCCUCCUGCUGCAGCUGUGAUGCUGAUCACUGCGUUCCUCGCCUGUUUCACUGAGUUUGCCAGCAACACGGCCACAAUAAUCAUAUUUUUGCCAGUCAUUGCUGAACUGGCUCUUCGUGUCUCUGUCAACCCCUUGUACUUCAUGAUCCCUGCCACUGUUGGCUGUUCCUAUGCCUUCAUGCUGCCAGUGUCCACACCGCCCAACUCCAUUGCAUUUGCAUCGGGACAUCUCAUGGUCAAAGACAUGGUGAAAACAGGCUUUGUCAUGAACAUCUUGGGGAUCCUCUCCGUCUCUUUGGCCAUGAACACUUGGGGAGUGGCCAUGUUCAGCCUGAGCUCCUACCCAGACUGGGCUCACCCUUUCAAUCAGACUAUUAAACCUAAUGUUCAUCUCCCCACAGCCCCGUCCAUCAACUCCACGCUCUGAGGACUCUCCUCUUUAGGAGCAAACCCAGAGAUGUAAUUAAACAGGGACUAAAGUCAGUUUUGUGUCUGUUCAGUCCUAACAUUUCCAGAACAUUCUUGGACCUUCAGCUGUUACUUGUGACAUUUGUGGCAAGCACACUAUGUUGCUGUGAGCGCAAAACAUGGUGCCUUAUUUCAUCCGCUCCAGGUGAUGAUGAAGAUGCUGAUGGCCUUUUCACACGCAGCCACAGAAACAUUUGAAUCCUGCAAUGACAGCUUGACAAAAUCUGAAAAGUGUUUUUUAUUGAGUGUGAAUAUUGUUACGACAAGGCUGACCUCAGCUGGAGGAACAAAAACGAGAAAAAAUCACUGAGAAAUCAUUUUGUUCAUUAACUGUAAUUUUGUAUAAAAUGUUCAGAAUUGUGUUGCACAUUUAAAAGCUUUAAAAGCACAAUUCACACAACAAAUAGUUCUUAGACUUUAGUUAAUCUUGACUAAUACAUCUGUAUAUUUUUGUUACAGAGUGAUUUAAAUUUGUGUAAUUGCAAUUCAUGGUAAGAUGAAAUUGUAAUGAUUUUGUCUUCCUUUUUAUGUUAAUCUGUAAAAGUUAAGAGUGUGUGUGUGUGUGUGUGUGUGUGUGUGUGUGUGUGUGUGUGUGUGUGUGUGUGUGUGUGUGUGUGUGUAUUUGUUAGCGGCUCCGCCCUUUCAGUCUGCUAAGCAACAGCAUUUGUUGCAUUUUUCAAACAGGACGUGGGAGUGGAGUAAUACUCGUGUGUGUAAGGUAUCACAAUAUAUAUAUAUAUAUAUAUAU